CAGCUUCCUGUCAGACCAGGUAGAGGAUAUAGAAGAUCCUCUACCUGCGGCCAGUUCAGCCAAGAUAAAUGCAGUGCCUGCAGCAGAUGGACCACUGUGCAGUGCUCUCCCCUUUUCCUGUUCAACCGGAGAUUGCGCCCUAGGCAGCUACAUAUUUUGCUUAGCUGUAGCGCCGGCCCUGCAAACAGAAUAAUGACACCAAAUCCCAAAUGAGAGGAAUCUGUCUCAGCAAUGGAUACAGGAUGCUGCCCAGCGAUCACAAGUCCGUUAGAAGAGGCAGUACCAACCACUUUUCUGCUUGGCUAUUAUACGUAUUAAUUUGUGUCCAGGUCAUGCCGUGUAUAGCUCAGACUACUUCUUUUGGAACAUUCAAAGCUGUCUUUGAGAAACCAUGUAACCAAACUAUGGACUUGAAGAUCCCUCUUCCAAAUAUGACCCAGUUCACAGUGUGUACCUUUAUAAACCUCACAUCAACAGAUCCCUGGACCGCGUUUAUUUACAAGCUUCCCAUGUCUCCUAGCAAUACAUAUGAACUUGGUUUAUUAGGAGACAGUGGUCUUAUGAAGAUAUGGAUGUUUGACACACAGAUAACUAUUAAUAAGACCCUUAAAAUCAAUACAUGGUAUCGGACAUGCAUUUUCUGGUAUGGCAAUAACAAUUCUAUGGAAUUUUAUGUGAAUGAUGAUUUGACAGAAACAAAAAUACUCAAUGCAACUCAGCUGACUGGUGGAGGAACCCUAUCCCUUGGAUGUUCACAAGAAAUUAACUCAUCAUUAUCUGUAGGAUUGGUUGGUGAGCUUUACAUGUUCGGGGUGUGGAAUAGGACAGACUAUGCACUGCUACGAUUUUGCAUAGACGGAAAUGUUGUCCCAUGGAAUACGAGCUAUUGGUCCUAUAAUAGUUCGGUAAUACAGAUGGAUGACAGUUUAUCUUGUGCAAAUAAAGAGAACUUUUUGGAACAAGCUGUUGGUGGGUCUACAACCACACAUUCUGUUUUAACUGGUUUGAAGGAUGAUGUUACUGAUAUCUUAACAUCUACAGCAUCAGAAGUUGUGGAUAGAGCAAAUGGCUCUAACUUUUUCAUACAGGCAGAUAUUGUUUUGUUUCCUGCAUCUACUGGUAAUGGAAAUUCUUCAGAUGCAAAGGUAACACCACCAAAGAACACAGACUCUAGUAAUACUUAUGAAACAACUUUGUCUUCUUCAACGUACACAAGCAAUACAACAGUUGAUAACCAGUGUGAUUUAAAUAAUAACUCGUCCCCUGGGUUAUUCUGCAAUUUCUCAUCUCACUGCAAUUAUUCAGGAGACAUCUAUGCUGUCACUUUGCAGGAGAAUGAAGACGUGUGCACUCAACUAGAAAACCUUUUUAUUCAAGCAUUAGAAACUAGUACAAAUUCUUCACUGAACAUAUCUACAGCUGUUACUUCGGCAUACACAAUUAGUCCACAAACUAGCCCGUCAGAAACUAGCACAGUUCUUCUACUGAACAUGUCUACAACUCUUAUUUCACAAACUACAGAAAAUGUGCAAACAGUCAAUACAAGUUUUUCAGAAAUUAGCACAGCUACUACAGGGAAUUUUCUUCCAAAUGUUAACAUGGUGAGCAAUCCCACUACAUUAGCAUCAGGGAACAGCAGCAAAAGCUGCACACUGAUUGUAGAAAAUUCGCGUGGCGUUUGUGACAUACAAAAACAAAUACGUGACAGAAAUGAUACCUACAAGAUUUCAGAGAUUAAGAAAAUUGGCUGCUGCUGUCUUCAUAGUUGUCCUGAAAAUAUUACUUCCUUUCACUCCUUAACCUGUAAUUAUAGUGCCAUUUAUACCGCCGUAAAUUGUUCUGGAGGUAGUCCUGGCUCCGGCAGCGCAACGAGCUCCAUCACAACGAGCUCCAUUAGCUAUUUUUCCAAAACUACACAAACCAUUGCAUUUACCAACAUAUCCACUUUGUAUACCACAAAUAUACAAACAACCUCUACAGCACUCGACUUUAACAGGUUAAAUGACAUUUUGACCUCUGGCAAUCUUAAUUCAUCUAUUGUGGAUAAAGUUGUGUCUGAUAUUGAAAACAUGUUAUCCGGAGAAGUGAGUCCUGAGACUGCAACUCAACUGGUUGGUGUUUUAAACAACUUUUUGAAUAUUUCCCAAGACCUUAUAACUCCAGUAGCUAAAAGGUUAAUAAAGAUUGUGGAUAGCAUGGGUAUAAAAUUAACAUUUCCCGGGUCAGCUAUAAACAUCACAUCAAAUGCCUUGGCGAUUGCAGUAAAUAAGAUCAAUGCCACAGUUUUCAGUGAAACAUCCUUUGGUGUUGUCUCUUCAUCUGGUUUGCAGGUGUCUUUAGGUUCUGAAGAACCUUUCAACAGGGCUGGAACCGUCAUUCUUCCUGCAUCUUUAUUGAAUGGUUUCUCAUCAACUGAGAAAGUUAAUAUCUCCAGAAUACAGUUCAACUUCUUUGAAAAUACAGCAUUCUUCAAAGACUCUUCUCUAUCUAAAAGAAAUCUGUCGUUGGUGAGCAAAGUUAUUUCAUCAAGUGUUGGCAACCUCUCAAUAACUAAUUUAACCGAAAAUGUUACUGUGGCCCUAAAGAUAAAUGGUUUGGAAAACCACACAGUGAAGUGUGUAUUUUGGGACUUCAAUGGAAACAAUGGACAAGGAGGCUGGGAGUCCAGUGGUUGCUUUGUGGACAAUACAACACAAAAUGAGACCGUUUGCAAAUGCAAUCAUCUAACCAGCUUUGCAAUAUUAAUGGAUGUGUACCAGACUGUACUUAACCCUACUGAUACGGUGAUAUUGACGUUUAUCACGUACAUUGGAUGCGGUAUCUCUGCGAUAUUCCUCUCCGUGACCCUAGUGACCUACAUUGUCUUUGAGAAAAUCCGGAGGGAUUACCCAUCUAAAAUCCUCAUCCAGCUGUGUGCUGCGCUGAUUGGUUUAAACCUUGCAUUCCUUCUUAGUCCAUGGAUUGCGCUGUACAAUAACAUCCCUGGACUUUGCAUUGCCGCAGCUGCAUUUCUACACUAUUUUCUUAUCGUUUCAAUCACUUGGAUGGGUCUAGAAGCCUUCCACAUGUAUUUCUCGCUCGUGAAAGUCUUUAACACAUAUGUGAGGAAAUACAUGCUAAAGUUCUGCCUUAUUGGCUGGGGUUGCCCAGCUAUAGUCGUGGCCAUUAUUUUAGCAGUGAAUAAAGAUUUGUAUGGCCUUCAGUCGCAAGGCACAUUUCCCGAUGGAUCAGCGGAUGAAAUAUGCUGGAUUAAGGACAUCAUAUUUUACAUAACUGUUGUCGGUUAUUUUGGAAUCAUAUUUCUGUUGAAUGUCAGCAUGUUUAUAGUGGUUUUAAUACAGCUGUGCCGUAUCAAAAAACAAAAGCAGCUUGGGUACCAGAGGAAAACAACUUUCCAAGACUUGCGGAGUGUGACCGGGAUCACAUUCCUGCUGGGCAUUACCUGGGGCCUGGCAUUCUUUUCAUUUGGACCAGGGAAAAUUGCCGUUUUAUAUCUCUUCACUAUCCUGAACUCACUGCAAGGUUUCUUUAUAUUUAUUUUCUACUGUGUAGCAAAGGAAAAUGUACGGAAGCAGUGGAGAAGGUAUCUCUGCUGUGGAAAGUUAAGGCUGGCUGAAAACUCUGACUGGAGUAAAACAGCUACUAAUAAGCUGAAGAACCAGACAUCAAAACAAGGUGCAUCAAGCAGCUCAAGCAACUCAAUCCAAUCCAACAGUAAUUCUAACUCUACAACCCUGCUAGUAGGCAAUGAAUAUUUUGUGCAUCCGAAUGGAAAUGGCAACGUUUUUAAAGAAAGAAAUGGAGUUCCCAUAAUGGUGCAGAAUGGAGAAGUUCCACUUCAUGACAUUUCCAUGAGACAUUCCAAUUGGAAUGGCAACCCACAAAACGCUUCCAUACGAAGGACUUCUAACAGAGGGAGUGUGCAUUUUAUGGAUCAGAGUUAGUUUUAAUGGAAUUCCAUUGUGCAAACUGUGAUGUUAUAGGAAAUCUGCUUACAUCACUGAAUAAAGUGAAACUGGAGGAUAUAAAGCAUUGACUUAAUCCUUGUGGAUGUAACAGCUGCUGGUUCUCUAAAGAAACUUUUUUUUAUGAAAUCAGAAGUUUGAAAUGAGAUCUUUUGUCAAUACACACAACAAUUAACACAGGACACUGAUGGUGUGUCGCCAUUUUUAUCUUGCCGCCUGGUUAUUUGUAGUUUCCAUCUUAAAAGGUUUUCAAGCCAUCAUAUAAUCACUUUUACUGUAUUUUUAUAUAUAUAUUUAAUUUAUAUAAUGAUGAUAUUAAUAUAUAUGUUUUGUAAUGUUUUGUGCUGUAAAAUAAAAAAAUAAAGGGAAACGUGAAUUAUGGGAUGAAAUAGAGAUGUAAUAGUUUAUUGAUUUUAUAAUGAACUUUCUAAAUGGUUAACAUCCAUGCAAGCAGCCUUCCUAAGCUGAUUUGCAUUUUCAUUCCUCACCAUUUAUAAACUUUGCCUAUUUUGAUG